AUGGAUAAAGAGAAGGGAGCAAGUAGUAAGAAGACAAUUUUGAGAGAGAGAAAACAGAGAAAGUGUAAGCAAAACAAUGAAGGUGAUGAUGAUAGGAAGAAGCGUAAACCAAGUGACAAUCCAGAUGCUGAUGUUCAAGGUAGAGAAGGGCCACAGAAAAAGAAGAGUAAAUCUGAUGAUGUUGGUGGUGUGCAAAGAAAAAGUGAACGAAAUACAGUUCCUUCUAUUCACACUCAGCCGCCUUACACGACUGAGAAAAAGAAGCACCCAAUACUUUAUCCUUUUUCCAAAGUUGAUAAGACCCGGUUAGAAAUAUUUACUGAAUGGAAGAAUUCAAGGAAAACAAAGCAACUAACAAUUCUUGGUAACAAAGUUGAUGCUAGGUGGUUCACAACACUAGAGACGCCAGGGAAGUCGUUAACAACAAUGCAUGUUGAUACAGUUGUGAAGUUAUUAAGCAAUAGAGAAGAAAGUCAUCCAGAGUUCUAUAAAAGCAAAGCAUUGACGUUGGCGGGAGCAUCUUUUUUAAAAGAGAUCGAUGAAAAUUACUCUAUAUUCAUUGACAACAAAGAUGAAUAUGAGUUCCCUGAAGAAGGAUUCAGUCAACUCUUCAAGGAAGCACCUACAAACAAAAUAUUGGCACCAAUGAUAGUUAAGGAAAAGCUUUGGAUGCCAUUGAUGAUCAAUUUGGAGAAGAGGUUGUUGACUAUCUAUGAUUUAGGCAAGUGUUUCUAUAGUAACAAAAUUAAAGACAAACAGGUGGGUGCAUAUGCUGUUGCAAUGCCGUACAUUGCUCAGAAGAAAUUUGGAAUGAAAAAUGAUAAAGAGAAAUCUCCAUUCAGAAUCAAUAUCAUGAAUUGCAUACCUCAGGUUGCUAAGAUUGAAGAUAGUGAUGUCUUCAUGCUAAAGACAAUCGAGUGUUUGGCUAUGAGCAUUAUAACAUAUGACAAUCUUACAAAUGAUUUAAUUGGUGAUUUACGACAGAAAAUGGCGGUUGACAUCUUUACAGGCCAGUAUUAUCAACAUGAGAAACAAACUGACUUGAGAGGGGACCUAAGUGUUAUUCCUGAAGAAAAUACCCAGGAUACUAAUGAAAAUGAUCCACAAGAGGAGGAUAUGAAUAAUGAUAAGGAGAACAAUAUAAGUGACGAAGAAAUGAAACAAAUUGAGGAAGUUCUAACUUCUUGGACUAAGCGCGGGGGCAUCAAAAUUAUGCUUUCGACAAUGGAUGAAUAUCUUUGGCAAGGGAAUAAGUGGGAAUCAGUCUCUGUCAUGGAUUUGAAAACUAAAGAAGAUGUAAGUAAAGUAGCAAGGAAGGCAAUGUUAAUUCUUCAUCCUGACAAAAUUCCUAAAGAUGUUACUCCACAAAUGAGAUACCUUGGUACCCGAAUGUUUUCAAUAUUAAAGAUUUGA